UUUGCCCAAUUGGUGUCCAUCUAUAGAACCUUGGGAGCAGAAAAAUUUCCUCUGAUCGAGCAAAUCUUUUAUCCAAAUCACAAGGAAAUGCUGACAUUGCCAACAUUUCCUGUUGUUGUGAAAAUUGGACAUGCUCAUUCAGGCAUGGGAAAGGUCAAAGUGGACAACCAUUAUGAUUUUCAGGAUAUAGCUAGUGUGGUAGCACUUACCCAGACCUAUGCUACCACUGAACCCUAUAUAGACUCCAAAUAUGACAUCAGGAUCCAAAAGAUUGGAAACAACUAUAAAGCCUACAUGAGAACUUCUAUAUCUGGAAAUUGGAAGACAAACACUGGAUCUGCAAUGUUAGAACAAAUUGCUAUGACAGACAGAUACAAGCUCUGGAUUGAUAGCUGCUCUGAGAUGUUUGGUGGCUUGGAUCUAUGUGUUGUCAAAGCAAUCCAUGGGAAGGAUGGAAAGGAUUAUAUUUUUGAG